AAGUGGAACGUCCGGCGGAGGCCCGUCCGCAUGCUCGGACUGCUGCUGCUGGUGAUCUUGAGCUUCCUGGUGCUCCGCAGGGUGGACUGGCACAGGCUGACCCCCUUGUGGCUGCGGCAUCGGCGCUUGGGGCUGCAGGCCAAAGGGCAGAACUUCAUGCUGGAGGACUCGGCCUUCUGGAUCUUCGGGGGCUCCAUGCACUACUUCCGGGUGCCCCGGGAGUACUGGAGGGACCGGCUGCUGAAGAUGAAGGCCUGCGGCCUGAACACCCUGACCACCUACGUUCCGUGGAACCUCCACGAGCCGGAAAGAGGCAAAUUCGACUUCUCUGGGAACCUGGACCUGGAGGCCUUCGUCCUGUUGGCCGCGGAGGUGGGGCUGUGGGUGAUCCUGCGUCCGGGCCCCUACAUCUGCAGUGAGAUGGACCUCGGGGGCCUGCCCAGCUGGUUACUCCAGGACCCCGACAUGAGGCUGAGAACAACUUACAAGGGCUUCACCGAAGCAGUGGACCUUUAUUUUGACCACCUGAUGGUCAGGGUGGUGCCACUCCAGUACAAGCACGGAGGACCCAUCAUUGCUGUGCAGGUGGAGAAUGAGUAUGGUUCCUACAACAAAGACCCUGCCUACAUGCCUUACGUCAAGAAGGCCUUGGAGGACCGGGGAAUCGUGGAGCUGCUCUUGACCUCAGACAACAAGGACGGCCUCAGCAAGGGGAUUGUGGACGGAGUGCUAGCCACCAUCAACUUACAGUCACAAAACGAGCUGCAGUUUUUAACCACCUUUCUGCUGAGUGUCCAGGGCGUCCAGCCCAGGAUGGUGAUGGAGUGCUGGACGGGCUGGUUUGACUCGUGGGGCGGUCCCCACAGCAUCCUGGAUUCCUCAGAGGUUUUGAGAACCGUGUCCGCCAUCAUCAACGCUGGCUCAUCCAUCAACCUGUACAUGUUCCACGGUGGCACCAACUUCGGCUUCAUCGGUGGAGCCGUGCACUUCCAGGACUACAAGUCCGACGUCACCAGCUACGACUAUGACGCGGUGCUGACGGAGGCCGGGGAUUACACGGCCAAGUACACAGGGCUCCGGGAGUUCUUCGGCUCUGUCUCAGGGGCCCCUCUUCCUGCCCCACCUGACCUUCUUCCCAAGACGGCGUAUGAGCCAGUGGUGCCAGCUUUAUACCUGUCCCUGUGGGACGCCCUGCCCUACCUGGAGGAGCCGGUCACCUCGGAGAAGCCGGUCAACAUGGAGAACCUCCCGAUAAACGGGGGGAACGGGCAGUCUUUUGGGUACACGCUGUACGAGACCACCAUCACCUCUUCUGGCAUCCUCAGUGCCUAUGUGCGGGACCGGGGACAGGUGUUUGUGAACACGGUCUCCAUAGGGUUCCUGGACUAUAAGAGGAAAAAGAUUGUCAUCCCCUUGAUCCAGGGGUUCACGAGGCUGAGGAUCUUGGUGGAGAAUCGCGGGCGAGUCAACUACGGGACUAAGAUCGACGACCAGCGCAAAGGUUUAAUCGGAAAUAUCUAUCUGAAUGAUUCUCCCCUGAAAAAGUUCAAAAUCUACAGCCUGGAUAUGAAGAAGAGCUUCUUUCAGAGGUUCCACGCAGACAAGUGGAACCCUGUCCCUGACGCGCCCGUGCUCCCUGCUUUCUUCUUGGGGCCGCUGUGGGUCUCCCUCUCCCCCUGUGACACCUUUGUGAAGCUGGAGGGCUGGGAGAAGGGGGUUGUAUUCAUCAAUGGCCAAAACCUUGGACGCUACUGGAACAUCGGGCCCCAGGAGACCCUCUACCUCCCAGGUGUCUGGUUGGAUCAAGGCCUCAACCAGGUCAUUGUCUUCGAGGAGAGAAUGGCGGGUCCGGUGAUACAGUUCACGGAAACGCCCUCCCUGGGCCGGCUCCAGUACAUGAACUGA